GUAGUGGUGAAUAUGAUACACGCGUGACUUUGGCUUUGCUGAUUGCUCCCUUAUUUGGCUACCUUCUCUUCUCCUUUUUAUUACACUACACACACUGCCACAAGGCCACACACAGCCCAGACAGACACAGACUCCACAUCCUUUUAGAGUACAGAGUGAGUCAGGUGAAGAAUCAGUGUCACCCAUCAACCUCCAAGCUUUUGAAUUCCAGAGGCUUUUUGAAUUUUCUAUCGUAAUGGACUUUUUGUGCUUUGUCUUCUAUCUUCCCCAUCUAGCAUAAACAAUAAGAUACCCAGAAACGACCACAGCUCUUUUGAAGGACUAGAAUUAUGGAUGAUAACAAACAAGAGCUUGAAAAUAUGGUGGACCCACUUGAUAAGGGCAACAAUCUGACCCGUCCCCAUGCACCAGUUGACCAAGUGGAGAACAACAUUGAUGAUGAUAAGGGUCUUGAAAUCCCUAUUGAAAACCAAGUUCCAGUUGAUGUUGCUACUGCCUCCCUUAAGACCUCUGAUGAUGCCAAUGUUGCUGUGAAUGAACCAGUGCUUUCCAACACCCAAACUGAUGUUAGCAAUGCAAAUCCUUUAAAUCAGCCAAAACCCGAUUCACCCCAUGAGAGGUCUAUGGAGAUAGAGGUCAAAGUUGGUAGGGAAGUGAAGGACACCAAAACAGAUGCUGCUAGUGAUUUCAAUCCUUCCAAUCAGCAAGGAACCACUGUGCCCCCUGAGGGUUAUAUGGAGAUAGAGGCCAAGCAUGAUGAUAAAGGGCAUGAAUUGAAUGUUGGAAUGAGCAAAAUGGAGCUGUCUCCGGAUAGAGAGAUUAAGGAGCAAGUGUUGAAACCCAAGUUGGAUGUAGGUAAUGAAGUUUGUAUGAAAAUCCCAGAGCAGUCAUUUCUUUUGGCACCAGAUGGGGUUGAGGGUGAUGAGUCCGGAACAGAGGAGGAGCAAAUGGCAUUCAUGAUGGAUGUAGAAAAUUUCCACAGGGAGAGGAGCCUGGAGUUUAAGCCCCCAAAGUUCUACCAAAAGGAAUUGAAUUUGCUCAAGUUAUGGAGAGCUGUAAUCAAACUUGGUGGCUAUGAACAGGUGACUUCAUGCAAAUUGUGGCGGCAAGUGGGACAAGCAUUCCAUCCCCCAAAGACCUGCACUACUGUCUCUUGGACUUUCCGAAUUUUUUAUGAGAAGGCACUUCUUGAAUAUGAAAAGCAUAAGAUGGGUGCUGGUGAACUCACAGAGCCUAAUAGAGUUAAUAGUCAGGUUGGUGAUAGUCAAGCUUUGGGAUCAGGUAGGGCACUAAGGGAUGCUGCAGCUCGUGCAAUGCAGGGUUGGCACUCUCGGCGACUUUUUGGGAAUGGUGAGAUUGGUGAUCCAAUUAUUAAGGAGAAGAAUUUGAGUUCCAUGCCAAAGGGUGACAAACAGGUUAAAAGUGUUGGUUUACUAAAGCGGAAAAAGCCAUCUACUGUUGAGCGUAACAUCCAAGUUACUCACUUGAAAGUGACAAAGCCACAAUUGGAAACAAUGGUUGUUGAUGUUGGACCCCCAGCUGAUUGGGUGAAGAUCAAUGUUCAAAGAUUUAAUGACUGCUUUGAGGUGUAUGCCUUAGUUCCUGGGCUUCUGCGUGAGGAGGUGCAUGUUCAGUCUGAUCCAGCUGGAUGCUUGGUUAUAUCUGGUCAACCUGCGCAACUGGAUAAUCCUUGGGGUGUCACACCCUUUAAAAAGGUUGUCAGCUUGCCUUCUAGAAUUGAUCCACAUCAAACAUCUGCCGUUGUGACGCUGCAUGGCCAGUUGUUUGUGCGUGUGCCAUUUGAGCAGUCAGAUUCGUAGAAUGUGGAGAUGAUGUUCCCAUUCCCUGAAUGCAAAAAUUGCUCCAGAUUUUUUUCUAGAAGAUGAAUUAACUUUAUGUGGAUGAUGGAAAGUCCGAAUUUCUCUGUAAGUUUUAUGUAUUUGUUUUAUGCUUACAGUUGAAGCUCAAGCCGCCUACUGAUUGGAUGUAUGUACAAUUACAAUCUAUAUUAUCCUGUAAUUAUUAGCUGUUAUGAUUAAAUCUGAUGGGACCAUAUGUAGGGGUGGGCUGGGAUAUAUAUCAAAUUGUGGAUUACUGACCCCAUUUAGGAAGCUAUGAUUUUUACCAUUUGGCUUUAAAUUUUCUUUACAUCUUUAAUUGCAAACAACUGCAAAUUAACUCAAUUUGAUUGAGGACGUGCCAUGGUAUUGUAAUCAUUCUAUUGUUUUCUGGAAAGCAUGGUGAGGUCAUUUUAUACUGUGUUA